UUGGCGAUCAUGAUAUGGCGAAUCGGAAAAGACUGAAUCGCUGACUAAUCCUCUUCGCUUCUGUCAAUCUUGUUGUUCUUUUUCGAUUAUUUCUAUUGUACAGAUCUAAGCCGUCUUUAUGAUGCUUUCGAGUUGAUACAGUUACGAGUGUCAGUGUUCUCAUCUUUAGAUUCCGCUUUAAGCUAUGCAGCUGAGCUCUUCGCCUGCUAUAUGGCCUUUUAUGUAGAACCCUUGACUUGGUUUUGGAGUGUGUUGUUCUGUCGUGUUCUUUAUUUUUAACAUUGUUAGCGUCUCAUCCCACACGAGCGUAGACUGGGUUGCCAUGAAUUAUCACAAAAAUGACAUAUGUAGCUUUACUGAACGCUCUCAUGGCGCCGUGCCUUGCUUUAUUUUGGACUGCUGAAAUCGUCCUUUCACUACCCGGCAAAAUAAUUCUUCAGUUGGGUUGCAGUUACUUUCUCUCCAAUCCUCUCAUUCGAUGCGAGGAAAAAUCAAAGCCUAUGGUUAAAAGUUCACAAUACAUGGAGCAAAAUCUGUGCCAAUUCGCUUUUCCCAUAGGCAGCCUUAAAUCACCAUGGUCUCGGAGGAAAAGAAAAAGAGUUCUUUCUCAUCGUUAUUGGAGCAGCCUCUUUACACCUGAAGGGAAACUUCGAGACGGCGGCUACAAAUUCCUUAAGAAAGUCAGAAGUGGGGGAAUUGAUCCAAGCAUCAGAUCUGAAGUUUGGCCUUUCCUCCUUGGAGUGUAUGAUCUGAACAGUUCAGAGCUGGAAAGAAACGUGGUGAAACUGCAGAAAAGGAGAGAAUACGAAAAUCUGAGACGCCGGUGCUGCAUGUUAGCAAAUCAUUCAUAUCAGGGGAAUUCUUUGUUGACUAUAGAUGAAUUAUUGAAUGAGGUGAUACCUGAUGAGGAUCCUCAGUCUCCCAGAAGCUGUGACGAUGAUUCUCCAAGGCUCUCACUUUUCAUGGAAAGGAAUCAUGGGGACAGACCAGUCUACGACAAGACCCCUGAUUCCGCCUCCUGCAAUUUGGAUGAAGCGGACGAAGAUGAAGAACACACCGGUAUCUAUCAUUUUGAUGCCUUCCAAGCUGAAACAGAUUCAUCAGAUUCCGAAUCCUCCGUCGAAGAACUGCAAGGUGUUGUAGAGCCCGAUCACAAACUCGCCCCUAGUGGUUCAAUCUCGCACGAUACUUCCAUUCGAACUGUCGAAGAUUUCACGACAUGGCAGCGCAUCAUUCGACUUGAUGCCAUCCGAGCAAAUGCUGAAUGGAUUAUCUACGCCCCCACCCAAGCUGCGGUCUCAGAAGAGGUAGCUAACAAAUCCGCCGAAUCCGUAAAUUUAAAGGAUUACAGUCACCUCGAACCCUCCAUGAUCUACCAUGCCGCUCGUCUUGUCGCAGUGCUUGAGGCAUACGCCGUCUACGACCCCGAGAUUGGCUACUGUCAAGGUAUGAGCGAUCUCUUAUCCCCGAUUCUGACGGUGAUGGACGACGAUCAUGAUGCCUUUUGGUGUUUCGUUGGGUUCAUGAGGAAGGCCCGGCACAACUUCCGGCUCGACGAAGUCGGGAUAAGGAGGCAAUUGGCGAUUGUGUCUCGGAUAAUCCGAUCGAAGGACGCACAAUUUUACAGCCACCUUGAGAAACUCCAGGCAGAGGAUUGUUUCUUUGUGUACAGGAUGGUGGUGGUGCUGUUUCGAAGGGAGCUCACAUUCGAGCAAACCGUUUGCUUGUGGGAGGUGAUGUGGGCGGACCAGGCGGCAAUACGAGCCGGGAUAGGGAGGUCGGCUUGGGGAAGGAUUAGGCUGAGAGCGCCGCCUACCGACAAUCUUUUGCUCUACGCUAUCGCCGCCUGUGUGUUGCGGAGGAGGAAGCUGAUCAUAGAGAGGUAUAGCAGCAUGGAUGAGAUCAUGAGAGAGUGUAACAGCAUGGCAGGGCAGCUUGAUGUUUGGAAGCUGUUGGAUGAUGCCCAUGAUCUGGUAGUAACCCUUCAUGACAAGGUCUGAUCUAAUUACUGGAGGAAGAAUGAAUGAUGCUUCAUUUUUCAUUCUCUCAUUGUUGGAGCCGCCAGAGAUCUAAUGGAGAUUUUUGAUGCUCAGUAAGUUCUGAUUGGCUCUUUACUCUUGCUGUUAAAAAGUUUUUUAGCAGUUUAAAAAACUAAAGUUAUUGAAUUAGAUGAGACUAUUAUUGUUCUUUUUUGAGGAGAAAUGUUAGUUAAAUGGCAAUACAUUGUUUUUAGGAUUUAGUGUGGAAAGUUUGAAAAUGAGCAAAUUAUUUGGCAUUUUCAUGGUCAUGUUCUGAUGGGUUUAUGAAAAUCUCAAUGUAAAAACCUCAAAUCAAAUUCAGAAUGGUUAAA